GUUUCCUGACCCGUGAGAAUGGAGGCGCAGGUGGCUCAGUGCGCGGAGCGGCUCCGCCGGCAGGAAAAGGAAAUAAAGUUUUUAACAGCAGAAAUUGAUCGUUUGAAAAACUUUGAGUGUUUGGGAGUUUCUCCAAACUUGGAGGGAUUGCAGGAAGAGAAUGCAAAACUUAAAUAUCGUUUAAACAUUCUACAAAUGAGCAUUCAAGAGGAAAGGAAUAAAGGAAAGCCCUCAAAAGGCAUGAUUAAUAUCAACAACCGCCUUCAAGACAUCUUUGGAAUGGCUAUUAAAUCUGCGUAUCCAGAGCUAGAAAACCCUCCACUGUUGGUGACCCCGAGUCAGCAGCCUAAGUUUGGUGAUUACCAAUGUAACAGUGCUAUGAGUAUAACGCAGAUACUGCUCAAGACCAAGGAGCAAAAAGUAAGCCCAAGAGAAAUUGCUGAUAAGAUUGCCAGAAACAUUCCUAACAAUGAAUGCAUUGAGAAGGUUGAAAUCGCCGGUCCUGGUUUCAUCAAUGUACAUCUGAAAAAGAGUUUCGUUUCCAGACAGUUGAGCAACAUGCUGAUGAAUGGAGUUCAGCUCCCUGCUAUUGGUGAAAGGAAGAAGGUUGUGAUUGACUUCUCCUCCCCCAACAUUGCAAAAGAGAUGCACGUUGGUCAUCUGCGGUCAACUAUAAUCGGUGAAAGCAUGUGCCGCCUCUUUGAGUUUGUGGGGUAUGACGUUCUAAGAUUAAACCAUUUGGGAGAUUGGGGCACCCAAUUUGGAAUGCUAAUUGCUCACUUGCAAGAUAAAUUCCCAGAUUAUCUGACUGUCUCUCCUCCCAUUGGAGAUCUCCAAGCUUUUUAUAAGGAAUCCAAGAGGAGAUUUGACACAGAGGAGGAGUUUAAGAAGCGGGCAUACCAGUGUGUGGUCUUAUUACAGAGUAAAAACCCAGACUUCCUUAAAGCUUGGAAACUGAUUUGUGAUGUGUCUCGGAAAGAGUUUCAAAAAAUCUAUGACUGCUUGGACAUCACCUUAAUAGAGAGGGGUGAAUCUUACUACCAAGAUAGGAUGCCUGGUGUUGUAAAAGAAUUUGAGGAACGAGGGUUUGUACAAGUUGAUGAUGGGCGGAAGAUUGUAUUUGUCCCAGGGUGUCCGAUCCCUUUGACAAUUAUGAAAUCUGAUGGCGGUUUUACAUAUGACACCUCGGAUCUAGCAGCUUUGAAGCAGAGGGUGUUUGAAGAAAAAGCUGAUAUCAUUAUUUAUGUGGUAGACAGUGGGCAGGCUGUGCACUUACAGACAGUAUUUGCAGCAUCACAGAUGAUCGGCUGGUAUGACCCCAAGGUGACCAGAGUAACUCACGCUGGCUUUGGUGUAGUGCUGGGAGAAGACAAGAAAAAGUUUAAAACUCGUUCCGGGGAUACAGUGCGGCUGAUUGAUCUUCUUGAAGAGGGACUGAAGCGGUCAAUGGACAAACUGAAGGAAAAGGAAAGAGACAAGGUUCUCAGCCCAGAAGAACUGAAGGCAGCUCAGACGUCAGUUGCCUUUGGCUGCAUUAAGUAUGCUGAUCUCUCCCAUAAUAGGAUCAACGAUUAUAUCUUCUCUUUUGAUAAGAUGCUGGAUGAUCGGGGAAAUACAGCUGCUUAUUUGCUUUAUGCCUUCACUCGAAUUAGGUCUAUAGCACGGCUCGCCAAUAUCGUUGAAGGGACAUUGCAAAAGGUGGCUAGAACAACAGAAAUAAUACUGGACCACGAGAAAGAAUGGAAGCUAGGCAAAUGCAUUUUGAGGUUCCCUGAGAUUUUGCAAAAGAUCUUGGAUGACCUCUUACUGCACACCCUCUGUGAUUACCUGUAUGAGCUAGCCACAACAUUUACUGAAUUCUAUGACAACUGCUAUUGUGUGGAAAAGGACAGACAAACUGGUAAAAUAGUGAAUGUGAACAUGUGCCGAAUGCUGUUGUGUGAGGCCACAGCUGCAGUUAUGGCUAAAGGUUUUGACAUCUUGGGGAUCAAGCCUGUCCAGAAGAUGUAACUGCACUGCCCUUUUAAAAUAGUGGGG